GACAUCAGAAAUAUACAGACUCACACGUGGUGGGACGUCUGCGUGGAGUGGAAGAACCUGGGGAGGAACAUUCACAGACGCUUCAUCAUCUUUCUUCGCAACAGUUUCCCUGUGAUGAUUAGGGGAUUGAGAAUGAUGUGUCCUUUGUGGUUUUUGGCUCUGGCUGUGCUGUGUGCAAGGAGUGCAGAGGUGAAAGCUCAAUGCUGGGAAAACACUCACUGCAGAGACCUCAGUUCUGAACAGAACAUCCUGGACUGCAUCAAUUUGUGCAAGUCUGAUCUGACAGCAGAAUCUCCUCUUUAUCCUGGAGACGGCCACCUCCAGCCUCUACUGGACCCCGAACCCAAUGAGGUCCCUGCUGCACUGCCUGCUGUUGCCUUCUCGCCCACCCAAGAGGAAGAAGCUCCAGAGAUAGGCCCACUGCAUGAAUCCAAACGUUCCUACUCAAUGGAACACUUCCGCUGGGGCAAGCCUGUCGGCCGCAAGCGCAGGCCCAUCAAGGUCUACACCAACGGGGUGGAGGAGGAGUCAGCAGAGGCACUGCCAGCUGAGAUGAGGCGUGAGUUGGUUAACAAUGAGGCUGACUAUCCUCUGGAGGACAGCUCCUUCAGCCAACAGGAGAAGAAAGAUGGUUCCUACAAGAUGAACCACUUUCGCUGGAGUGGCCCCCCAGCCAGCAAGCGCUACGGUGGUUUCAUGAAGUCUUGGGACGAACGCAGUCAGAAACCUCUGCUUACACUAUUCAAGAAUGUCAUCAAUAAAGAUGGACACCAGAAGAAAGAUCACUAAGGGUACAGGACAGGAACAAUCACAUUAAAUGCAUUAUGAGAGAGAGAGAGAGAGAGAGAGAGAGAGAGAGAGAGAGAGAGAAAAUAGUUUUUAUUCACCGCAGAUAACUUGCUUAUUUUCCCCUUAAAUUCUUUGAAAAGUAGACAUAUCUGAUAGUGAACUUGUGGGGCGUUGUCAACAAAUAGCACUUUGUUCUUGUAGCCAGCAGUACAUUUACAAUGAAAUCAACAAUAAAUAAUUACUAUUGUACAUAGAAA